AUGAAAGCCAUACGAGAAAUAUUCAACGACAUUUUCCGCGCGUCGUCAUUACGCGAAAAGAUUGAAUAUACCAGCCUAACACGACCAUCGGACGACGAUGCAGAGGCCGAGACAGGCACACGCGAUGAAGAUCCCCAGCAAACAUCCUUCCAGAUACACGAAACAGCAACAACAACAACACCAGCAACAGAAGCCAAAACCAUAGCCCAAAACUCCACACCGGUAGUCUUCUCCCUCCUCCUUGAAUACUCCCUCACCACUAUUACCGUAAUCACCGUCGGUAAUCUAGGGACCGUUGAACUCGGCGCCGCCAGUCUCGCUGGCUUCACAGCGAACGCCACAGGUUACGCUGUCUAUUAUGGCAUAACCACGAGUCUGGACACGCUAUGUGCGCAGUCUUACGGGUCCGGCAUGAAGCACCUUACCGCCGUGCAUCUGCAGCGGAUGGCACUUCUGCUGGCUUUGGUGACCAUUCCGAUGGCUGCGCUGUGGUGGUGCGCGGAGGGGAUCUUGGUACGCAUUAUACCGGAGCGGGAUACGGCUGUGCUGGCAGGAAGGUAUUUGCAUAUUGCGGCUUGGGGGAUGCCAGGAUAUGCGGCGUUUGAGUCUGGGAGGAGGUAUAUUCAGGCACAGGGGUGCUAUUCGGCGGGUAUGUAUGUGUUGUUGAUAUGUACGCCGAUUAGUGCAUUUUUGAAUUGGUUUCUGGUUUGGAACCGUGGGAUGGGCUUUAUCGGCGCCCCCAUAGCCCUAGCUCUGACAGACAACCUCAUAGCUCUCACGUUCUUCCUUCUUGUCUACUUCUUCUCUCUAGACAAAUGCUGGAUUGGAUUCACGAAACAAUCUCUCCGCAACUGGGAACCCAUGAUCCGCCUCUCAAUCCCAAGUCUCCUGACCGUCGAAGUCGAGACUCUCGCCUACGGUCUUAACACCUACGCCGCGUCGUAUCUAGGCCCCUCCAUCCUCGCAACACAGACCGUCCUCUCCACCAUCUCAAACAUUUUCUGGCAUAUCCCAUUCGCCAUAUCUACCUCCUCGCGAAUUCGCAUCGGGAACUGGAUUGGCGCCGGGAGCCCCAAUGCAGCGAGGCUAGCCACGCGUGUCUCACUGUAUGUUGCUGUCGUUGUUGGAUGUGUUGGUAUAUCCGUGCUCUUGGUGUUUGGGCGGUACAUCGCGCGCGUUUUUGCAAAAGAAGACGAUGUGAUCGAGAUGGUUCUGAAUGUUUUGCCGGUGUGUGCUGCCUGUCAUGUUGUGGAGUGCAUUGCUAUCAUUAGUAACGGGGUGCUGUGUGCAAUUGGACGACAAGAUGUAGCGGGAUGGGUGCAGACAGGUGCUUUCAGUGUCCUUGGUCUUCCAGUUGGGCUCGGGCUUGCGUUUGGGCUUGGGUGGAAUGUGUCGGGGUUCUGGAUUGGGACAUUGCUGGCAUUAUGUGUGGUGGUUUGGAUAGAGCUGGUAUUUAUCAAAAGUGUUAAGUGGAGGCGCUGUGUUCAGGAAGCACAAAGAGAUAUGUCUGCUGCCGAAAAUUGA